CACCCCUCUGAUCGGCACGACCCCUUCCUAUGUUCUCAUGGAAAUCACAGCCCGCCGCCUCCCGGCCACACUUUGUGCACGGAGGCGAAGUUGAAGCGCACAUUCCCGGCCGGGACAACGCGCGAUGAAGAGGAGGCUGAUGAAGUCCAGGAGGAGCUGAUCGUCUCGUUUCUACUCGAUCCUCCCGCCGCGGUGUGCCAGUUCACUCACUGCUUCUCCCGCAGCACACGCGCACUGGAAGUGCACCCACCAACAUGCUGGAUCCGGACCGGUGCGUCUUCUUCCUCUCCUUCCUCUUCUUCUUCUCCUCCGCUGCUCUCCUCUGCUCCGUCCACGCGUCGUGUCCUCCACGCUGCGAGUGCUCGGAGGCGGCUCACACGGUGAAGUGCGUCUCCAAGGACCUGCGGAGUGUCCCGGAGGGGAUCCCCGGAUACACGCGGAAUCUGUUCGUCACCGGGAAUCAGAUCACUCGCAUUGGACCAGAGUCGUUCAGAGGACUGGAGAACGUCACCAACUUGUCUCUGAGUAACAACAGAAUAUCUGAGGUGGAGUCCAACACGUUUGCCGGACUCCGCAGCCUUCGCUCUCUGGACCUGAGCAACAACCAGCUGGCGAUCAUUCACCCCGAGGCAUUCACCGUCCUGAACCAGUCUCUGCAGGAGCUGAACCUGAGCCGGGCCCUCUACAACCAUUCCACAGUGAUGGACCUGGCCACGUCGUUCCGCUGGAGCUCCCUGGGGAACCUUCAGGGACUGGACCUGUCCCACAAUAGCCUCAUCUAUUUGCCCUCGCGCAUCUUCUCGCACCUGAACAGCCUCCGACGGCUCCUGUUGUCCAACAACUCCCUGGUGGCCAUCCACAACUCCACCCUCGCAGGUCUGGAGCGCCUGGAGGAGCUGGACCUCACGCUCAACGCCCUCAAGACGUUUCCAGAGGAGGGCCUGCGAGAGCUGGACUCCCUGCCCCGAGUGGCCCUCCUGCUGGAAGAGAACCCCUUCACGUGCACAUGUGGAAUUGAACCCUUCGCGUUGUGGCUCAACAGAUCCCAGGGGCGGAUUAGGAACGCUGAUAGUCUAGUGUGCUCCUUCCCAACCAGCAUGAGAAACACGUCCAUGCUCGCCGUGGGCACGAUGACUCUUGGAUGCCAACAGAGAGACGCAGGGGCCGACCUUGCUUUGCAGACCUCCUACGUGUUCUUGGGUUUAGUCCUGGGCUUCAUUGGCCUCAUCUUCCUAUUUGUACUCUAUCUCAACCGCAAGGGCAUCAAGAAGCGGAUCUACGACAUGCGAGAUGCUUUCAGGGAGGUGUUGGAAGGCUACCACUACCGCUUUGAGAUCGAUUCUGACCCCCGGAUAUCACAGAUCUCCACGGGCGCUGACGUGUGAGAGGACAAUCACCCCCGGUGUAUUUUCAUAUGACUCUUUUUUAAACGCAUUUAUCAAAUAGGGAGAUGUAAAAAUUGUACAGUUUUGCCUGUAAAUAUAUAAAUACAAUAGUGUGAAUAAUUCUAUAAGCCUUGUUGUUUAAAGCAUGCACUGCCCAUAUAUCCUCAAUGCACAUCGAAUGUUCUCCCUCUGUACGGAUGAGCGUUUCUUUGCUCAAUAGACGAAGAUCUUACAGAUAGAGCUCGUUGAUAUUUCUCAUAUCUUGUCUACUCGUCAAGGUCACACAAAGCAGUAAGUGCCUAGAGGUCAGCUUGGUGUAGUGAUCUGAUCUGAACUCAAGCAAAACGUUGAUUCCGUCUUCUGUGUCUGAUCUGUUUGGCUUGUGAAAACAAAGCAACACAACGCUGCAAUAAAUCCUGACACUACCAACACAAACCUCCGGGAGUUUGAAGCACAAUCACUCAUUCAUCUUUGAACCGUUUCAAGCCCUUUGGUCCCUUCGUCCCCCAGGGUGCCAGAGAGGAAUUAAGCCCCCAAAAGCUUGACUAAAGCUCUCCUUAAAAUCACCACUCUGCUUUUCUUUGGCAGUAGGAUUGAGGAAUUGGUGGGGGGGGACUACUCGGCACAGACCAGCGGAAAUCUCCUAGCCCCCUCACUCUUUUUUUCCUGAAACGUUGCUUUGUUUCAACUCCUUGAGUUUUAUUGUCAAAAUGAUGAGAACCAGUCCAGGGCCGAAGCUGCUGAAAGCAAUCUCCCUCCCUCCUUAAAGACAACAGCCGCUCUGGAGGCUCUUUGAAGGAAAAGUCUGGCUCUCCACAUUUUUCUGUUUAGGGGAUUUUUUUUUUUCUCUCUCGCAGUGAUAAGAUACAGAUGAUUCCAAAACACCAGCUACAUUGUUUCAUUCAGCAGUUUGCUCUGACCCAGUGAAGUAGUGCUCCUUUUGAAGAGAAACUAGAAUAUGUUCUUUAUCUUCUGGUUAGUCUCUACCUUGUAUGCCUUUACUGUUUCCUAAGAUCAAUUCCUUCACAUAACUUCCAUCCCGAUAUGUCAAAAAAUGCAUUUCAAAGUCAAAUCUAAGCCUUUGAUCUCGAAUGCAUGUUUCAAAUAUAACCUGAAUGACACGACACACAAAACAGGACGGUUCUCUGCCCUCAGAUGUCACACGUGUGUUGUCACCUUUUGCUAUGGCUACAUGACAAAAGCUGUUCUCUUUUGAUGCUACAAAGUGAGACAAAUGCAGGCAGAGAGAGGGGAUGGCAAGCUGCCAUUCCUCUAAGUGUUUAUUGCCCAAAUUGUUAACUAUCAAGGCGUUUGGAAUGAGGGAAAGGAACCCUCGGGAGAACUUCAGCAGCCUCCCAUUGUUCAAAAAGCCAAAGUAGCAUCUUCAUCCUGUCAAGAUGUCCUGCAAAGCUCCAGAACUGUUUGCAGCGUGGAGCCGUUCUACUGCAUGUGGAAAGACAAAGUUCAACUUGUCGAAGUCUGUAUACUCAUUUAGUGCCAAUGUAAUCUUGUGUGUCCUGAAAUGAAUGUAAUCAUAUCGUUGGGACCAAACUCAUGGUAUCAUUCCUCCGAGCCGCGGAACCACAUUAAGCCGGGCAUUUACUCGCUGAGGAGAAAACAAUUGGGGCUCCGUGCUCUGACACAAAGGGCAGCUCGGAUGGCGAGACGCCUCAAAUAAGCUUUGUUUUCCUGUUGCCUUGUGAUACUCAUUCUCUUUCGGUUUUCACAGAGGGCCAUUAUGCCGCCGCAUAAUAGGAUUCUCUCAUGAUGACAAAGUGGAGUGCUCUGAUCCAGCGAUUGUUAAAGUGUCAUCAUUCUUAAUAUUUGCCUGUGGGAGAAAAACCCUGAGGAGAAGUUUUCACUUGCUAUUACACAACGUGUCAUAACCGGGGCAUUAAGUCGGCCACGGGUUAUUGGUGUCAGUUGGCGGAGCAGACAGAAGAAAGAUUACUCCCUGCAUGUCAUUACUUCCGUUUUCUCUCAUUAAAGUGUGGAUAAGGAGCUGUGCCUUUUUUCGGGGGACUUUUUAUGAGCCUGUCUGCUUGAAAAAUAUAUGGUCUGUUUGCUAUAGGCUGUGCAAUAGUGUCUCAGCAGGGAUGCAAUGAAAAGAGAGGAGCCCCACUAAUACGCCCAGACAUUCUCCAUUACUGGCUGUGCACAAGAGAGGCUUGUUAAAAACAAUACAAAUGCUCCAAUUACUAUGUCCUUUCAAAGUGUAUGCUGCACAUAUCUGAUUAA